UGCUGCCACAGACAUAUUUUUACCGCCUUACUUUUUAACAUAAAAAUAUAUAGGACAGGACAGGACAGGGCAGGAUAGGGUAGGCCAGGAUAGGGUAGGCCAGGAUAGGAUUGGACAGGAUGUUUCUUCCCACAGCGAUGGAGAAUGUGUUCUCGGUGCCCGAGUUAUUACAUCAUAUUCAGUUGUGGCUCUCAAAGACUGACCUUGCGAAUUGCAUCCUUGUCUCGAAAGCUUUCCAAAAGACCUUUACUCCGCUUCUCUGGCAUACAAUCUCACUCAAGACAUUAGUCCAACACCGCCGAUUUACAGAGAAUCCAGAAGUGCAACAUGCCCUUGCUAGGAAUAUGGUUCACAUUCGAGUCAUUCAAAUUCAGAGCUGCAAGAGUCUGGAGCCAUUCUUGAUGGCCGAUAUUUCUCAGCUGAAGCACUUACACACACUCGAGUUUCCAUGGCCCGCAAGGGCCGAUACAGACUACCGAGGGUUCUUGAAGAGGCAAAGGUUAACUAUAACGCCUGAUGGGACCCCUAUAUAUGUGAACGCUACACCAGCACCUGACAGCAUUGGAAACCCUCCAAUAGACUCUACUCUUCUUGGGCCAGUGGACUGGAUGGAUAUGAAGUCUGUAUUUUUAAUAUAUUAUCAAAAGAUGGAGUUGCAUAGUCAUCUUCAAAGGUGUGAGCGUGAAGUGAUCCAACAAUUCAAACAGGAGUAUCAUACCUGGGUCGUUGAAAACUUCCAAAAAUAUCAUCAAUUAGCGGAGCAGUAUAUGGCGGAAUCGCUACAGGCAGGGGAAGCUGGCUAUCCGGUUUUAGGGACAACAGCAAACGGCGCCGCCGCCGCAACAGCAGCGGCGGAAACAACAAAGCAGUGGAUAGGCAUGCUCUUAUGGGAAAUCACACACUACAUAAGACUAGUGGACUCCUUCCUCAUCAUGCCACUCAGCAUUCGUCCUACUACACUUGAACAAGAGCUUUUAGACUGGUUUCGACGUCUCAAGGAGCAGAAAAAAACACUACUAGAUAUCACUGAGGUGCUUGAGGAACGAUAUUCCGCCGCUACACGGAUACGGACAAGGCAGGACCAGAUAGUUGAGCAGCAGGCAUCACCAAAAGACAAAAGCGCACAAAGGAAGCCCCUGAAUACAUCGGAGCAGUUGUAUCGGCUCCACUCGACUCUAAAGACGCAGUGGGAAGAAAUCCCGCAGAACACAUGUGUCAUUCAAAGUCGUCUACGGAUGUUGCGGGACCCGACCUCAUUAAGCUCAUCUCAAGUUGUAGAUGGUUUUGGCAUAUUCCCGCAUCAAAGCCGCCUCCAAUGCGAGCAGCAAACUGAAAGCCAGCGCCUAAGAGAUGAAGUAGAGAAUAUGCUGCUACGACUGCAGGGUGGAAAUAAUAAUGGACAGGGGAAACUUAUUGUUCGAAAGCAAGUCCCACGCGAUGACCUUGACUUAUUCCUGGACCAAAUUUAUAUAUUUAUUCGGUCAUUAGCUCAGGAUGAAAGAUCCGCAGUUAUCGAUCGGAUACAACAACAAGUUAGUUUGACUUCAACCGAGCCGCCCUCAUCGCCAGAUCGUAGGAGGCCCCCAGCAUCUACGGUACCAAAACCAUUACCAUGGGACUACGAUACCGACCAAGAUCGAAACCACCUUGUCCAGUUCCUUCACCACGCUCCAAAAAUUACGGCAUUUCAUUCAGCCCGGCCACUGACUUGGGAUUGUGGUCUAUACCAAGCUCUAUCAACCCGUCUCAAGACCUUCUCAGAAAUGACCUCCAUAUCCAUAUAUACUCAGGAACUUGAUCAGCAUUGGUGCAGCGGUAAUUUAGAACACCUUUUAGAUGCCUGUUCUCCGCAACUAGAGGCCUUAAGGAUAGCCGGGCCCCAGACCUUUAGGGCAGAAGUACUCGCACAAAAUGUGGGUGCUCUUCAGUCAAGCCAAAACUGCAGUCAGGCUAAAAAAAUGCGUCAAAUAGAGACCAGUAGGACAAGCCUAAGGCGAUUGGCUCUUGAAGGUGAUUGUAAGCACUAUUUCCGACCUUCAUUCUUGAAUCGGUGUCCCGAACUGAAAUCACUAAGCUUGAGCGACUGUCAAGAUUCUCUAGUUGAAGACAUAAGUCGCUGGAUCCAAAGUUGUUGUCCACUGCUAGAGGAGUUGGCAAUAUCCAAGGUCACAGAGCCUCGUGCAGCGGGUGCAUUAGAUGCUAUCCUUGGAGCUUGCGUAGGUUUAUCCUCCUCAACCGACCUCCGCAGCUGCACAGUGCCCCUAUUGAAAAAAGGAAAUGUUUAUGUCAAUAGCCAAGCUGGACAAACGACAAAUUUGAAAAGUCUACUUGUCUUUGGCUACCAGUUUGCAGAACAUGAUCCUGCGAUUGAUGCAAUAUGUCAGCACGGCCGAAAGGGACUAAGGUAUUUCGCGCUUAAGAGCUGUGAAGGUCUUUGGACAAGACGACAGCUCGAUCUUGCUACCCAUGAAAUGAAGAUCAUAGAAGGAGAUCCGCCACAGAUCUACAGGGUUCUAGAAGCGUUAGGCCCUCAAUUAGAAUACCUUGAUCUUUUACAUUAUGGUGGGGUACCACUUCGUAGUCCAGCUUAUAGUCGGUUUGAAGCCACCGAUUUCGCCAAGUACGCUUAUGCAAAUAACAACUUCAACAGCGGUAAUGGACACCACGAUGAUAACAGCAGCGACAAUAGUAACGGCAGUGCCAGCACCGGAAAUAGAAGUAUGACCAAGGACCAAUGCGGUAAUGGACAGCGGCUGAUUUGGGUGUUUAUUCCAACACUAAAAGUGCUCCGAAUCUGCAUCGGCGGCUUCUAUCGUCCAACUUUGGAUAAUCGUCAUUCAACUACAAUUUAUCCAUUUAACCCUAGGAUAAAAGACCCCAUUAUGAGUCGAGACAUUGAGAUUCGUGUCUGUCAAAUCUUGGGCUCGUUCUCUGCACUAGAGGAGCUACAUCUAGGGCUAGAUGAAGCAGACGGUCCAUAUUGUAUUGGGGACCCGUCAAUGAUGUUCCAGAAUACUUCGUUAGCCUUGUCCCUAGAUCAUGGACUAUGGGCGAUGAGUGGGCUGAAGCAGCUGAAGGUACUAAAGGUCACCAGAAUGGAUCAUCGAAUAGGGUUGGAAGAAAUUCAGUGGAUGUGUGAGCAUUGGCCAAGACUAGACAUUGUGCACGGGCUCUUGAGGCAGAUGAGUACAAAAGAGAGUAUAGGGUUGCAAGAGAGAUGGGAGCAACAGAAGGCAGAGAAUGAAAGGAUUGUAAAAUGGCUCAAGGCGAACAAGCCUUUUUUAAGAUACACUUAAAAUGUAGCCUUCUCACCUUCUUCUUUAUAUUCUUUAUUCCUCUUUCCUUCUACCAUUUAUUAUUAUUAUUACUAUUACUACUGCUAUUGCCAUUGCUAUCGCCUUUGGUGUUUUUGGAAAUAUUGGUAAUGACAUUAUAAAGGAAUAAAGCGAAAU